CCAAACCAGCCGCCGGGGAGCGUGAGGCAGAGAGAGAGAGAGAGAGCGGAACAGAGAUGGCACGACAAACCACAAGACUCAUAGCUAACCUGUCUUCAAAACUCUGUCACAGCAAACCCACCACUCCCUGUCCUUCUUCAUCGUCGUUGUCGUCAGCGUAUGCACUGUCGCAGACCCGCUAUUUCGGAUCGUCUCCGUCUCCACCGGCGGUGUUCGUUGACAAGAACACUCGCGUCAUUUGCCAAGGCAUCACUGGCAAGAAUGGCACUUUCCACACCGAACAAGCCAUCGAAUACGGCACCAAAAUGGUUGGUGGGGUUACACCGAAAAAAGGUGGAACAGAACACUUGGGACUUCCUGUUUUCGACACGGUUGCAGAAGCAAAGGCUGAAACAAAGGCUAAUGCAUCAGUGAUCUAUGUUCCUCCACCAUUUGCUGCAGCAGCUAUUAUGGAGGCAAUGGUGGCUGAAUUGGAUCUGGUUGUGUGCAUCACAGAGGGAAUACCUCAGCAUGACAUGGUAACCUAG